CCAUUUGAAAUGGUGAAGAACUGAAGGGAAAACUCAGAGAUAAUAAUAAUAAUAAUAAUGUUCAAGUCUGCAAGAUGGAGGAAUGAGAAGAACAGAGUCAAAGCUGUUUUCAAGUUCCAGUUCCAUGUCACCCAGGUGCCAUUGGUGGGAUGGGAAACAAUGGUUGUGUCUCUUGUUCCUUUGGAUGUUGGAAAACCAAGUCUGAAAUCAGACAAGGCUGAAGUGGUGAAUGGAGAAUGUCAAUGGUUGAAGCCAGUUUUUGAAACUGCAAGACUUGUUCAGGAUCCAAAAUCUAUGAAAUUCAAUGAAAAGUUUUACCAAUUUCUAGUUUCAUCACCUGGAUCAACAAAAGCUGGACUUUUGGGAGAGACCUCUAUUAAUCUUGCAGAUUAUGCCCAGAUUUUCAAACCCUAUUCUGUUUCAUUACCUCUCAAGGGAUCAAACAGUGGAGCAAUCCUUCAUCUUACAGUACAGAGAAUUGAAGGUGAAGAUGUUGAAAGAAGAAGAGAAACCGAAGAAAAUGGAGAUACAAUUAUUAAACAGCCUCGCAAAACAUUGCAGAGCCAAUUGAGCAAUGGCGAAAUUGACGGCACUAGUUCUGUGAAAGAAAAUUUGUUUACCAAUGGUGAACUUCGAAAAUCUAGCAGCUUUGAAUCGGCAUCAGGUUCAGAUAGUAGUUCUGGACAGUAUACACCGAAAGGGAAUGGAACCGGCAAUGGCAUUUCCUUAGCACCACUCAAUCCGAUAAAUAGUUCGGCAGAGUGGUCUCUAAAUUCAGCUCUUGAUGGAAAUAUGGAUGAGUUAGCACACACUUCUGGGGAUAAUAGUUGGAGAGAAAGAUUGCAUGAUCCUAAUGUUGAUCUUGAAAAACUAAGAAGUGAUGCAAUUGCACUUGUGAGACAAUUAGAUGUAUCGGAAUUGGAGUUGCAGACUCUCCGUAAACAAGUUGUGAAGGAGAGCAAGCGUGGUCAAGAACUUUCAUUUGAGAUCGGUGGUCUUAAAGACGAAAGAGAUGCUGCUCGAAGAGAAUGUGAAGAAUUUAAAGCCUCCCUGAAGAGACUCAGCUUCAUGAACACGCCGAAAGUAUCAAAGGUCGAUGAUGAGGACUUAAGAUCAGUGCUUGAAGAAAUUAAAGAAGAACUUAGUCAUGAGAAGAGUUUGAAUGCGAAUCUUCGGUUUCAGUUAGAAAAGACACAAGAAUCUAAUUCUGAGUUGAUUCUUGCUGUUAGAGAAUUGGAUGAAUUAUUGGAACAAAAGGAAAAGGAGAUCGGCGGUGAUAACAGCAUUGAAGUAGUUCACAUUGCGCGUGCCGAUGAGGAUUUCAGUGAAAAUGGGAAUAUAGUUCUGCAUUCGAAGAGUUACAAACACAAGAAAGAGUUACCGAAAACCAUGUCUCAGCAUGAUGAUGAAGAUCAGUAUGCAUUGGAAGUAUUGGUGAAGGGUGAUGCAGGAGUUACUAUUUCACUUGAGCAGCAGAUAAUUGACUUGAAAAGUGAGUUAGAGCUGUAUGCAAAGGAACGCGAAGAAAUGGAGAUGCAGAUGGAACAAAUAGCUCUCGAUUACGAGAUUAUGAAGCAGGAAAACCAUGACCUCUCAUCAAAACUUGAACAAAUACAAUUGCGCGAACAACUCAGGAUGCAAUAUGAAUGCUCGGCGCAUUUAGCAAUUAUCAAUGAUCUUGAGUCUCAUGUUGCAGGUUUAGAGAAAGAGCUGGCAAAGCAGGCAGAGCAAUUCAGAGCUGAUCUUGAAACAGUAACACAGGCAAAGAUCAAGCAGGAGCAGAGGGCAAUACAAGCGGAAGAGGCGAUGAGGAAAAUAAGAUGGAGAAAUGCUAACACUGCCGAACGGCUUCAAGAGGAGUUCAGAGUACUUUCCUCACAGUUAUCAUCUACGUUUGAUGCGAAUGAGAAAUUAGCAACGAAAGCAAUGAAGGAAGCUAGUGAGUUGCAGUUGGAGAAAUGUCAUCUUGAAGAACUGCUUGAGAAAGCCAAUGAUGAGCUUGAAUUAGUGCAUGAACAACACCGUGCCGAACUUGAAGAGCAGUCGAAAUUGUUAGAUAUGAAGACAAAUGAAGCAAAUGAGUUGCUCUCUGAACUUGAAAAUAAGUCUGCAGCAUUGGAGAAUCAGAAAAAGCUGAUUGAAGAAAUGCGAAAGGCUUACUCGGAGGAAAUUGAAAGGCUUUUGGAAGAGAAGAAUGAUCUUGCUGAACAGGUACAACAGAAAGAAGACCUUGUGGCUGAGAUUGAAAGAUUAACGUUGGCAGUUGAGGAAAGUGAGAGGAUGUUGAAGGACAGAAAAUUGGAAAAAGAAGAGCUUGAGCGAGAAAUAUCUUCGGUUAGAGAAGAAAUGAAUAAAUCAUUGGAAGAGCUUAGUAAUUUGAGAAGUUUAAGUGAUGAAAAGGAAACGAUGAUCCAAACUCUGAACUGUGAAGUGGAGACACUUCAAGUGAACUCCUCAGGCAUGAAGCAUUCUUUGUUAGAAGAUGAGCUGGAAAAGGAGAAACUAAGGAAACAAAUAUCUCAUCUAGUCGAUGAUCUUCAGAAAAAGGACGACAUGAUUGCUCGGUUUGAGAAGAAGCUAAAAGAAAACAAUGCAAGACAUGCAGUGACAGAUGCAGCUGCAAAGACCUCAAUUAGAAACAAGAACAGUAGAUCUAAUAUGACGCCACAGAGCUCUAAGGAAGUUUCUGCAUUGCGUGAAAAAGUCCGAAUUCUUCAGGAAGAAAUGAAGUUGAAGAAUGCUGAACUUGAGGAAACAAAGAAUUUGUUCAUAAAAAAGGAGAAGGAUCUCAAUGAUAAAAUUGAGGAACUGGGAAGAAACAGAGAGGGAAGCAAUUGUGAAGGCAUGAUAAAUAAGCAGGACAAUCUCAAUGAUGAACAAGAGGAAUGCAUCUGUGAAGAUAAAGAGAAUGCAUUGAAAUUUGAACAGGAAAACAAGGCUGAUGGUGAGAAGUUGAAGAUUGAACAAGGUUACAUUGCUGAGAUUUUAAGUGAAGUGGCAGCAUUGAAACAAAGGAAUGAAUCCAUGGAAGCAGAGCUGAAAGAAAUGCAAGAAAGAUAUUCAGAUAUAAGCCUCAAGUUUGCAGAGGUUGAAGGUGAGAGACAGCAACUAGUGAUGAGAAUCAGAAGUCUUAAAAAUUCCAUGAAGAAUUAGUUUUGUUCUUGUUCAUAUGAUAGCUAAUGAUGUCUGUAUAGGCUGCACAUUUGAGGUAGCAAAUUCAGAGCUUGCAAGUUCAUCAAGAUUUGCAGAAAAAAAAAAAGAUAAAAAUAUUAUAUUGUGCAUAUUCAAAAUGUAUUUUUUUUUUCUUUUUCUCUUUUUCCUUCUGAGGUCGUAUCUUGCUUUUCCAUUGGGAAGAGUUGAGAACUGGUGGCCUUACUGGGUCAAGAGUGAUUUAAAGGUUCCAAGAGUAAAAAGUGUAUACCAUUCUGUGUUUUUUUAAUUUGUCAAUGAGAAUCCUUUUUUCUGCAUAUAAA